AUUCUUUUUAAUCCUAAAACUAAGAUCAUUCCAGCUGAGAGUAGCAUUAUCCCAAGGUGGGGAUUUUCUCUGAAGGAUUCUGCUUAACUUAAUGAUGAUGGCUUCCAGACGGAAUACUUAGUUGAUAUGAUUGGUUUGUUGACAGCUACCUCUGAGGAAAGGACUUAUGUCAAGGAUGACAUUGUUACAAAGAUGAUGUUGCUUGAAAUUAGUGAUGACAAAGGAAAACUGGAGUGUGCCCUUUUUGGAGAGUAUGUUCAGAUUGUAUUGGACUACCUUAGUUCUAAUCCUUUGGAAAAGCCUGUUGUGGUUCUCCAGCUUGCAAAGCUUAAGUCAUUUAGAGGUAAGAAUGUUCUUCAGAAUGUAAUGAAAGCAUCGAGGAUUAUCUUUAAUCCUGAGGUUGCUGAAGCUGAAUCUUUGAUGGACCGAUUAGUUUUGAGAUGUUUCAUAUCUGGCCUUAAUAUGCAGCCCAAUCAACCUGUGGGGCAUAUUAUUUCUCCUAAUCCUUCUGUUCCAAUUUUUGAAGAUUUUAUGAACAACUAUCCUAAGAAAACUAUAUGUGCUUUGAAUGAAACUACUGAGGAUGGAUUGUUUAUUGUUUAUGGAACUGUGGUUGGUUUGUUGCAAGAUGAUCCAUGGUGGUAUUUUGCAUGCAAGUGUCACAAAGCUGUGACUUUUGAUGAUGGAUUAUAUUUCUGCCCCGGUUGCUGUAAGCAUGUUAUGGAUGUUUCUGCAAGAUACAAGAUUAAGCUUGAGGUGUUUGAUGGCACUGAUUCUGGAAAUUUUCUGUUGUUUGACUCUGAUGCUCAUCAUCUCAUUAAGAAGUCUUGCAAGGAUAUGUUGGGAAAUUUGAAGGAUCCUAAAUCUGCUGAGAUUACUCCCUUGAUGGAAGAACAAUUGGUAGGGAAAGAAUUGCUGUUUAAGGUGGAGAAGAAAUCUAAUAAUUUUUUCCAGUUUGAUGACUCUUAUUGUGUGAAGCGUAUUUGUGAUGAUCCUUCUAUUAUAGAAGCCUUUAAGGCAAUUUCUGCUUCCCAGACUUCAAAUUUGGCUAGGUGCCCCACUCCUUUGACUGUUGUUAAUUCUGCUGGAGAUAAGGUAGCAGUUGAGGACCCCUCUGAGUCCUGUGUGGUUUUAUCCCCUGAGGUUCUAACCCCUUCUCUUGGUAGUGAUCCUUCAUAUGUGGGAAGCUCUGCUAACAUUUUCAAGAGGAAGGCUGAUGAAGAUUGUAAGAAACCUCCAACUGUUCCUAAACUGAAGAUGAAGAAUGUCAAAGUGGAGAAGAAGGAGUUAUAUUAGUAUGAAAUAAUAACC